AUGAGUAUUAUAGAGUCCAUAUUGGUGAGAACUGAGAAGAUAUCCAACAAAUCCCCCAUUCCUUCUCCCUCUAGUGGCAAGCUUCCAAAAGAUCAACUCCAAAUGGAAGUUUCAUGCAAGAUUCUCAGAAGAUCAACUCACAGUUUUCUCCAAAACUAUCAUUACUUCACUUCAACAGCAGCUUUUCUAGCUUUUCCUUUCUCAGCUUCCAUACUCCUCUCCCAAGCUUUAGUCCCUACCCCUUCGUCCCUCUUGCCUCAAAUCUACAGCCGCCUAAGGAUUCUCUUUGAUGCUGCAGGCUUCCCUUCAUCUUCUCAAUUGUUUAGCAUUCUCAACCUCAAGGUUUCUCAAACAAUCACUUCUUCAAUCUUCACCCUUCCUUUCACCCUCACUUUUCUCCUCGUUGCAAAAGCAUUCGUAAUCCAGGCUCUCAAUCACCAUAAACCAACUUUGCAGCCUUCCUUCAGUUCAAUUCUAUCCCUUUACAAGCCCCUCCUCCACACCUACUUCUGCAACUGUUUCUUGAUUCUCUCAGCAAAUGCAACUACUUUUGGUCUCAUGUUUUUGGCCUUCAGCUUCAUUGAAAGACUUGGCCACUCUUCCCCUGGUAAGCUCAUCCUCUUUAUGUCAGUAUCUGGAGCAGUUCUCUUUUCGGUGAUUCUUGCCAAUGCUCUUGUCAUAUGCAACAUGGCACUUGCUCUAUCUGGCAUGGAGGGACAUGGUGGAUACCUGGCAAUUCUGAAAGCUUGUCUUCUCUUACGAGGAAGGACAUCAAUGGCUUUGUUCCUGGCACUUCCUGUCAAUGUGGCAUUGGCAGCCAUUGAGGCCUUGUUCCAAUUCCGGGUUGUAAGGCCCUAUCACAUUGCUGGAAUAGCAGGGCCUUGUGUAGCUUUGGAGGGGAUUUUCAUUGCUUACCUCUACUCAGUCUUCAUCAUCCUUGACACAAUUGUGAGCUGCAUGUUCUACAAAAGCCUUAAGACAGGAUCUCGGAUCCAUCAAGACGACAAAGAUUUGUUCAGGAUUGAAUUCCAAGAUGAAGACAAAUAUGGUUACAUGGGCACCGGGGAACUACCUUAA